AUGGAUAAGCUUUCCGGAUUGGCCUCCAAGCUCGGUGGAGGAAACAAGUCCAACGACCAGGGUGCCGGUGGCUCCGGCCAGCAGGAGGACUACCUCGACAAGGGUCUCGACUCGGUGGAAUCCAAGUACAGUGGGGGCAAGAUCGAUCCGCAGAAGAUGCGCUCCACCAACGAGAAGAUUACCGAUGGCGCUCGUACCAAGUUUGAGGGUGCUACUGGACACAAGGUUCCGGAGAAGAUCUCCAACUAG